AUGGGUGAAGCAAAUCCCGAUGCGCCCGCGCCUCGUAAGAGAGGCCGGCCACGAACCGUGACGGACGAUCAGCAAGUGCCCGAGAGACGUCGAACGCAGCUUCGCGUCGCUCAACAAGCUUAUCGCAAGCGCAAGGAGGCCACAAUUACCACUCUGCAAUCUCGCGUACAGGAACUCGAAUCGGGCAUUGAAGAGCUCAGCGAGUCGUUCCUUUCUUUCAGUAACCUGCUUUUCGAGGCUGGUAUUCCUCAAAAUCAUCCUCGUAUCACAUCGGCCCUCCAAAAACUCACACAGCAAUGCGUGUCACUCGCGAAAAAUAGCUCGGAACAAGGGUCCCCAGCAGAAGCACCUCUCACGACGACUCGCAAUCUCAGCACUAUACAAGAUAUUGACCCAACCUACGAUCCCCACAUGACACAACUUGAUUCAUUGCCAAUAACUCACGAAACCUUCCAGUCUUCACCAAAAUCCUUCAAUCAAUGGCCAGUUUCGCAACAAUUACCUCCCACACCACCCUACCAAGAACAAGCAAUUCUACCGUUCGGAAUCGUCUUGUCGUCCCCUAAUAAUCCAUAUCCACCAAGACAAAGCCCUACAUUAAAUUUCCCGACAAACGUAUCUCCCAAAGACCUCAUGAAGCAAGAGCGCUGGACACUAUCGCACCGUCUUGUCCGACAAUGCUGCGAAAAUGCAUACCGCUUAUUAACACGCACACCAAUGGAGGAUCCGAGAAUCCAGGAAAUUUUCGGAAAGCCAUUAACUAUCGCGGAGCGCAAUUCUUUGACUUCGGGGUUCUAUUCUGCCAUGCAUGAUGAAAACGGCGAUUCCAUCGAGCUAAAGGCAAAGGCUCUUAGCCCUCUUCAUAUGAGGACGAAUAGCUACUCGCCUGAACAACUCGCGAUUUCGUCAAGAACGUGGCAACUUGUUAUUGAGUCUGGUACGGAUCAAUGGUUGGAUGCUAGUGGGGUGCAAAGGCUUCUGCAGGAGAGAGGGAUUAGUAUCCACGAUACAAUGUCGCCUAUGUCCAGUCCCAGAUCUAGUUCAGCUCCGCAGCUCAACGUGGCAAGCUUCGUUACAUUCCUUUCCACUCAUGGGCCUGUCUGUAUUGGUCGUGGCCCAGCAUUCCGAAAACGUGAUGUUGAGAGUGCUCUUAGCCUUGCGAUCUCGGGUGACCCUUGGGAUUUCACCGCCGUGUGUGAAAUACCAUGA